UAAAUCUCGGUACGAUCACCACAAUGAAUCGCUUAUAAAUCCAAAGGAACUACGGAUCACUACCUCAGUUCUCAAAUAGUUGUUUGUCAAUCGUUUACUAGCUCAGAUCGUUCCGUUAGAAUGAAAAUCUCUACAAGGUUUCUUCCUACGACACUGCUAGCAGCGCUGCUAUUUCUCAUUCCACUUGCAACAGUAGAAUGCGUCCCGCUUGCGGACAUUCGCGUCUCCGAUGACACGCUAGUUCAACCUAACAAGCGCGAGCUGAUUCAACUCUUCCAGGAGGAUGCCAACCGGUUUUCCUCCAGUCUCAGUGACGACCUAAGCUCGGAGGAACUCACAAGGAAUGUACUGCGUGAUCUAAGCCAGAGUACGACCAUGAGCCCGGAGCAUAUCCAACUGGUGCGGAGAAUUGUUCAAAAAUAUAAACAAUUAACCAAUCCAACCAACUAUUAACCAGUUCAAUGUUAUAUCAUAUAAACGAAACAAAGGAAUUCUACUUCGUCGGUUUUCAAUUUGCCACUUCAUCAUCAUCGAGUCAAAAGUUAGAGAAAAAAAUACACAAAAUCAGUAUAUUGCAUAUUCUAAACAAAAAUUGAAAACAACAAUUGAAUAUAUUGCGCUAUUUUAAGGGAGCUUGAUUGAGCUAAUUCGUGUUAGGGUAACAGAGGUAUUUUGGCCCACUUUAGGAUUGAUUUUAUUUUGGCCCACUUUAUAAAAAUAUCCACAAAAUAUUGUAAUAUCUUUAAAAACCCCUUCCGCAAUAGGUAAUUUAAUGUGAUUAGCUUCAAAUUGAUGCAAAAUGAGUUACUCAACAUCGAUAAAAUCCGAUGAAAUCGAUAAAGUUUGUUAGGUGGGCCAAAAUAUAUGAAGUGGCCAAAAUACCUCUGUUACCCUACUUAUUGAAUAAUUUGGCACCUGUGACUAUUGACACACCGCGCUAUAUUCAACAUCGACAUUUUAUGUAUAAAAAAAAUCAAUAAACACUUCUUAGGAUAGAUUA